CAUCCCUUCUAUUAUUUUCCUCCUGCCACUUCUGGAUUAGCGAACACAUCCUGAAAACUGAGAUUGAGAAUUGAGAGGACAACAUCAUAGAAAGUAACAGUGAAAAAUGCACGUGAGUUAAUGGCAAUUGAUUUAGCCCAGAAUAGAAGUGAUACAACGCAUUUUGCAGCCCUGUGCCCAUGAUAUGUGAUGGGCAGGAGGUGAAAGCAGUGAUUAUACAGAGUUUUCUCCAGUAACCAGGAGGUGGCAGCGGCCAGGUGUCAAUCCUGCCUCUUGGAACUUCCCUGACACGGGAGCCUGCUGAGAGCUGCCAUUUUUGAGACUAUGUUUAGUGACACAGACCCCCUGCUGCCGUCCUGUAGCGAGCCUUAUCAGUUAGGCCUGAAGUGUGUCCCUGACCAAGACAACAGCCAGAAUACAGCUUCCGCGGCUGAUGAGAAAGAGGGGCAUGCUAAUGCUAAUGACGAUGCUGAAGAGCUAGUGGAGCCUGUGAAGGUCUUACGACCAACCAGCAAAGAGUUUAAAAAGACCUGGGGGUUCCGCCGAACCACCAUAGCCCAAAGAGGAACGCCUGGGUCUGCUGACAGAGAGGAUGGUGGGAACGGGCCCGUUCGCCGCAGAGGCAGACAGGCUAGGCGCGCGUGUGAGGCGGAAGAGUCGAUUUCACCCACCAAACGAGGACGAGGGGGAAGGAAGAGUGCCCCUGUCUGCCUGGAGAGCCCCAAACCCCCGUCCCAGAUGCCCAGUGAUACAGAAGCCCCCUCAGAAGCCAGCAUCACCAUUGGCAGAGCAGAGGCUGGAACCACUGAAGAAGCUGCAGACACCAGGCACCCACUGGAGAGGGAGAUACCCCCCAUUGUGUCUGUCAGUGACGACACAAGUUCAGACCAGGCCGACAGUGACGAGCUCACCCUGAAGGAACUGCGGGACCGGCUGAAGAAACAGCACGUGAAGGACCUGAUGGGCCUACGCAGAGAGACACAGGGAGACUCCCUCGGCAAGGAAGAUGAGCAGAAUGGCCUGGAUAGACCUGCAUCGCCCGAGGCCAUCAGGGGAAUGUCAUCUGGAACUUCAGCAGGGGGAACCAGUCAGGACUCCUCGUCUACUCAUAAGACCCCCGAACCCACAGCGGGCGAGAAAACCAUCUUGAAUGGUGAGGAGGAGGAAGAGUUGCCUGGUAAAUCGGACAGGAAGAGCCACUGCCCCGACACCCUCUAUUGCAUUUGUCGUCAGAAGCACAACAAAAGGUUCAUGAUCUGCUGUGACCGCUGUGAAGAGUGGUUCCAUGGGGACUGUGUGGGCAUCACCGAGGCGCACGGCCGGCUGCUGGAGAGGAACAGGAAGGACUACACCUGUCCCAACUGCACCCUGCGGAUGAGCCAGGCAGCAGCCAGCGAGAGCCUGGAGGGGGACAGGCAGCCUUCCUCCUGCGCUGCAGAAAGCCCUCCAUGUCAGGCAGUAUCCUCACCUGCUGGUAUGGAGGAGAAUCAUGAGGAAGAUCAGGCGAUCAAGGGGGAAAUAGAGGGAGCCACCACUCCCAGCGAGAAAAAGAAAAUGAAAAUUUUUCAUCCGGUGGAGGAAACCAGCUCGCUGCCCAAGUGUAUUGGCCCUGGCUGUGAUAAAAGUGCUUUGCCUGACUCUGUUUACUGUGGUACCGAAUGCAUCCUCAAACAUGCUGCAGCCACCAUGAAGUCCCUCCCGAGGGUGAAGGAGCCCUCACCUACACCCCAGCCUCAAAAGAAACUUGUGACAAAAACCUUUCCUAAGUGCCAGAAAAGGUCUCUGUCCGAGAGGACUGUGAGAAGGUCACUGGAGUCGUGGGGCGGGGCUGAAGAGGACGAGUCCAGUAGCGAGGAGGAGGCAGUGGAGGAGCAGGACCAAACUGCACCCUUAUGGUCCAGCGACCAUGAUUGCAUUACAGUAAACCCAGAAAAGACAACAGCCAUUCCAUCGGCUGUGUUUUACAAGUCGUCUCAGAAGGAGAGUGAGGAGAUAGACAGCAAGAAAGGGUCUUCACAGCUCCAGCAGAAGUCGCCACUUGGCUUCACCUUCCCCAGGGGAAAUAAAAAGACCGCAGCCAUGGGAGACCCUCCCUCAAAGCGGAUCAAGCUUGUGUCCAAGCCUGUGAGCAGUGAUGGAGAUUCUAAGGACUCCACUUUUCCUCCAAGCAAGUGUCCCACCUCCAGAAAGCGCAGCCCAGCUCCAGCUCUCACUUCCCAGCCUUCCUGUUCACCCACCUCUAGUCAUCACGCCCUGGACGCUUUGAGGUUGAGCACGGCCUCCUACAGCGUCCCCAGUAAACUGCCCCGACAGCAGCAUCUUCCCCCAGCACCGUCUUUGGCCCCUGCUGCCCCCUCAAAGCCUCCCCAGCCGAACAUUACAAUCAGACACAACAUUCGCCGAUCGCUUACGGAGAUACUGGGAAAAAGGGUGAGUGACAGUGAUGACCUCGACAUGUCUGAGAGUAGUGUUGGGAAGCUCGCUGUCAGCAUUGAGAAGGAAAUGUACUGCCUAUUUUUAAACACUGACAACAACUACAAGAGAAAAUACAGAUCAAUUAUGUUCAACCUUAAAGAUCCAAAAAACAAGGGGUUAUUCUAUCAGGUGGUAAUGGGUGAGGUGACCCCAUUUAAGCUGGUGAGGUUGAGCCCAGAAGAGCUCUUGUCUAAAGGCAUUGCAGGAUGGAUUCACCCAGAGAAGGCCGAGGUCCUGGAGCCCAGUCCCAAAGCCCGGGCAGGGCUGCUGAAGCGAGGCCUGAAGCAGGGGCACUCUCCCUGUGCAGACCUGGAGGAAUCUCCUCCUGCGCCAGAUGGAGAUGCAUGUAUUUCUGCCACCUCUUCAUCACCUUGCAUGGCUUCUGCACCUGAACGAGAGGACCGUAGCCACCUAUCUGCUCCAGCUAAUCCUAGACAGCCUAAUGUGGUCAGUCCUGAUGCAGACCUCUUCAGCAAAAUGCUGAAAGACACAACUUCUGAGCACAGGACUCACCUCUUCAACCUUAACUGCAAGAUAUGCACCGGCCAGAUUUCAGCUGAAGAAGAGCCCAUUCCAAAGAAAGUCAAAAAUUCAGUCAACAAAAAAGCUGAAGCUGAACCCAAAGCCAAACAGCUGUGCCGCAGUUCCAAGGUCGGGAAUUGCUUGGGUGAUGACUCAUCACGCACUCCACUGGACAGUGAGAUGUACAUCAUGGAGUCCCCGGCCUCCCCGGAUGACACUAGCAGCACUGUGACAUUGGCUGAACCCGUCACCAUCCCUGCGGUGCCCUCCGUUGUCAUUGCAGGCAGGGAUCCACGUACAGCCAGUUACCGCCCACCCAUCACUGUCACCUCAGCUGUCCCCACUGUGUCAAGCGUCUUUGAGUCCAAGCUUGACAUCAUGCCAGUUAUCCCUCCACCUGCCCCUCCACCUCUCCCUCCCCCUCCCCCUCCCACUGUUCCCAAAUCUAUCCUGCUUAAACCUACCUCUUCAUCAGCCAUGCGAUUCUUCACUGCUUCUGGAUCAUCCUCCAGCAUGAUGGACUCACACUCCCCUCCAGGUGGGGACACUGCCCUGUUCCUCUCUAAGCAGGAGGUCCUGUGGAAGGGCUUUAUCAACAUGCACAGUGUAGCCAAGUUUGUCAUCAAGGCUUACCUGGUCUCUGGGUCCUCCGGGUCCCUGAAAGAGGACUUGCCAGACACUAUCCAGAUUGGUGGCCGGAUCUCCCCCGAUACAGUGUGGGACUAUGUAGCGAAAAUCAAGACAUCCUUAACAAAGGAGCUGUGCCUGAUCCGUUUCCACCCAGCGACAGAGGAGGAGGAAGUGGCGUACAUUUCUCUUUUCUCUUACUUUAACAGCAGGGGCCGCUUUGGUGUAGUGGCUAACAACAGCCGCCGCAUCAAAGACCUCUACCUCAUCCCCCUUGGUGCGAAAGCCCCCAUCCCAUCCAAACUCGUACCCAUUGAAGGGCCAGGGCUGGAAAAAAAUCAUCCCAACCUUCUCCUUGGACUGGCUAUUUGCCAGAAACCAAAGUGCUCUGGAGUCAUGCAAGGUGAAGAAGAUGAAGAGAAGGGUUCCAAGUUUCAAACUGGGCACUCUGAUCACACUAGUCUUCCACAUCUACCUUCUCUUCCCAGUGCUGAUAUAAAUCAAGACAAAGCUAGAGUGUACAUUCCGAAGAUGCUAAUUAGCACAACACCUCCUGGCUCUCCAUCCUCUGUUAGUUCAUCUGAUUCGUCUUCAAGUUCCUUCUCAACCUCAUUACUGCUGCACCAGCUAAAGCCUGUUAAAGCUUCUGUACAGAUUACCGCCAACUCAGGCAAGGAUUCUUCCUCACCCACCACUGCCCCCUCAAUUUCUCCACUUCAAACCAUAUUGAAAACACUGUUUGGUAAGAAUAAACUAGACUCAAAUGUCUCACUGCCCCCCUCAGAGCAGAACUUAGUAAAUAUGGAAAUAUCUCCUGCUCCUAUGCUUGAUCCAAUAGUCCAACGGUUUGGACAGAUUUCCAAGGAGAAAGUGGAUGAAGAUGAGGGCAAACAAAAUCACCCCAAGGAAGAACUUAAUCCAGGAAUAGGCUGUGGGAUGGAAGAAGACGAAGGUGACAGACCGUAUGACCCAGAGGAGGAGUAUAAUCCAGGAAUGGGCUAUGGGGUGGAGGAAGAUGAAGAUGACAGGUCAUAUGACCCUUCAGAGGAGUUUAAUCCAGGAAUGACCUAUGGGCUGGAGGAAGGUCAAGAUGAUAGACCGUAUGACCCUGAGGAGGAGUAUAAUUCAGGAAUGACCUAUGGGGUGGAGGAUGGUGAAGAUGACAGACCAUAUGACCCUGAGGAGGAGUAUAAUUCAGGAAUGACAUAUGGGGUGGAGGAAGAUGAAGAUGACAGACCUUAUGACCCCGAGGAGGAAUAUAAUCCAGGAAUGGGCUAUGGGGUGGGACCUGCACAAAAAGUUCAGACCAGUAUGUUAAGCAAGGCUUUUUCUAAUGAUGAUGUAGCAUAUGACCCAGAAGAUGAAAUUAUCAUUGAAGAAGUGAAAGGUAGUGCUACUGACAGUCCUCAUCAAAUGAAGGGGCAAAUCUCACCCAAAAUAGACUGUGUUUCUGGAGGUGAGUCCUUAACGUUAACUGAGCAACGGAAAAUGCUGGAGGAGCUGAACAAGCAAAUUGAAGAGCAUGAACGGGAGGUAGCAGAGCAAGAGGAGGCUCUUCGUCAACAGAGAGCAGCUGUAGGGGUGUCUUUAGCCCACUUUUCUGUGUCUGAAGCUUUGAUGUCCCCACCCUUAAAGCCUUAUAUAGCAAACAGUGAGUUGCUACAGCUGAGCAGAAAGGAAGAAAUGGCAAAAAUUCCAGCUGCCCCAGUGAUUAAUCAGAGAAGGGACCCAAGACAGAGAAAGGAUCCUCAGCAAGCAGCAGCCAACCAAAAACUAAAAUCUGACAGAGUGGAAAAAGAUAGUGAUGCUGAAUUUUCCGUUGAGCAUUCAAUAUCAUUAAAGCUAGACCGCAUAUCACAGUCACCAAUGGUAACACCACCUGAGUCAGUUUAUUUGGAUGCAAGGAGUUCAGAGGUAUCCAUUACUUCGCUUGAAGAAAAAAUAAAUCCUGAAAUGCAUGGUGACUUUCUACAGGAGAGUGCAGUUAAAAAAAAAUCUUCAGCUGAAAUUGAAGUGAUCCCUUAUGCUAAUUGCCAGAAUUCUGCAAGCAUUUUAAAAGAUAAAGAACUUUCGAGUCUUCAGUCAUCAGGGUCUAAACUAAUUAAGAUACCAUAUCGGAGCAUUCUGCGAAACAAAACCUCUCAACGGUCAUCUGAGCUUCCUGGAAUCUCCCAUGAUGUAACACGAAGUAACACAUCUAUGGUAGAUACUUAUGAAUCCACCAUGCCAUCAGUGGGAGUAAAAAGUCCUGACUUUAGGGGACCUGAGGAAAUGCCACAUUCUGUUCCUUUUCGGUCUUCACGUAAGUCAUUUCCAGUGCAUGAAUCUCCCCUCUUUCAGGGAGAAAGUGACCAGCCCCAGUUCAGGGACUCCAAAUUUCAGCCCACUGUUCCUUGUCCUCCCUACCAGAAUCGGAGAGGUGAAAAAAUGCAUACGGUUAAUCCCUGUAGACGUCUCCCAUCAGAAGUGUUAGUUCCAAGAUGUCCUGAUCAUUCUUCACCUGUGAGUCAAAAGCGGCCUCCUGCAAAAUUUGAACCGUCUAGGAGUUCUUUGCUUCCCAAUAAUAUUGGACAGAGAGGCCUGUCCCCAGACCAAUUUAUGGAAGGUAGUUGUUCUCCCCCACCUUUAGAUGUACAAAAUUAUUCACACCAAUUAAGUUCCUCUUUCAGUUGUUCUGGAUCAAGAAGACCCCAUAUCAGGCAGAUUCAUAAUGGAGGUCCUCGACUGACUAAUUUACAUGGUUCUCGAGGACACCAUCACCACCGUAAAUUUAUGGAUCAUACGUCUCAAAAGCCCCCGUUGGGUACACUAAGACUCCCUGAUGAUCAAGAGUGUAACAGUGUUUCUUAUCAACAACACAUGGAGAUAAAACAAGGGCAAACUCCACAUAUGUAUAGAGAAAGUCAAGGCUCUUCACAGACACACUACUCACGAGCAGUUGGUGAAAUUGGAGGGCAACGCUUCCGCCCACCUCAAGACUUUGGACCUCCAAGAGUACCUUCCCCCCAUCUUCACAGUCAGAGGGUGCCUUUAGACCAGUAUACGGAGUCUUUUGAAAAUCAAAAAGGCCCUCAGCUAUCCAACCUGAAAAGGCAGAGAGGGCUUCCAACCUCCCAGUUUGGAGAGCCUCAUGAUAUUUGGGACAAUUUUACAGACGGUGGAGGACAACUAAGCUUUGGUUUUGAAGGUCAGAAUCAUAUGUUAAAAGAUAGACUAUUGCGCCGUUCCGGUCCUUUACUUCCCACUCCUAUUGAGGGUCCAAUUGCUCUACCACACCAUAUGGGAAACAGACCUGACUACCACAGGAAAGACUGGAGGCACUCUCCUGAUAUGAGAAUUGGUGUGAAAGGUGAUCCAGAACUGCACAAUGAAAGCAGGGAAAGGAUGUUUGGGGGUUACCACCAUGAUGAGGUAGAGGCCCAAGUCCCCCCCUGUUUAUCAGUGGAGAGGCAGUGGGAAUUGUCUGGGGAUGGAAGGAGAGAGCGGGAUGACUCACACAGCAGGCUGUGGGACAGGGACUCUAGCAAGUAUGGGAACAGCGAGCAAGAGCGAGAGUGUAGUAGAGGACGAGAAGUGGAAAAGCGAAGGGAAGGAGAUGAUAAUGAUAAAAGGGACAGAGAUCAAGACUAUGAAAGAGGCAGAGUUAGGCAUAGAGAUUGGAACAGGAGAGACGGAGAGAGAUCAAGGAUCAGAGAUCGAAAUAAGGACCAAGAGUGUGACCGAUACUUCAGGGAAGGAAGGCAAGUUCAGUCAAGGAGUAGAGACCGUGCAAGACACCAUGACAGAGAUCAUGGAAGGGACAAAGGUCGAGACAUUGAAAAAGACUGGGAUUGGAGAGAAAGGAGUAAGAGGAAGGAAAAGAGAAAAGAACUUUUAUCUGAAGCUCCAGAGUGAGAAACAUGUACAGAAUGACAUCUGGAAAAAAAACAUACAUUUUCCAAAAAUGUAAAAUUUUUUGAUUCUUUAUACACAUAGUAAUUCACAUAUAUAUGUGGAAAUAAACACAUUCUAUAAAAGAACCAGUAAACAUGUGAUGGGCUAUUUCAAUUUAUCUGAAAUCAAGAUUUGUUCAAAAUGGUUUUCUGCAUGAAGGAUAAAAAUUGCUUGAGGAUUUCAAGUGAAGGUUCAGUUAUAUUUCCCUUUCAUAUUAUAAGGAUUGUUGCCUUUUGUAACGCUUGGUUUUGAAAUAAUUUGAGUUAAUUGUGCAUUAAAGAUGUGUGUGAUAACCAAAGUAAAAAACUUAGAGAAUAUUUUUGAAUAUAUAAUUGUUAUAACAUUCUGUUAUCUAUAUCACAUAUAAGUGUAACACUACAUAUAAGUCCUUUUUUUCUGUUCAAGAAAUAUAAAUGUGUAUGUUCUCAUUUUUAUAAUGUUUUUCUUAGGGGAAAAAUUUCUGUUGACCUUUGUUACAUUUAGAAGGGGAACAAAUGCCCUAGUGGUAUUGAAUUUUCUAGUCAUGGUAUGUGAUUUAGGUACAUUUUUGAUACACUGGCACUAUUUUUACUUUUUUUUUGUUGAUGUAAUUGUGAUUAUUUUGUUUUUGUGAACCGAUUAAACAUUCAGCAGCUUCACAUCACUUUA